AUGUUUUCUAUCGUCCCGAAGAGCUUUCUUUUCUUUCUGCCAUUAUCUCUUGGCGCUGAUAUCGUCAUAUGUGCCGGUAUUCUUAAUAAAGCCAGCGGCUUCUAUGGCCUGCUGUCUCUACUGACAGGUCACCCCUUGAGCGUUGUAUCAUGGAUCCUCCACAUCAUGUCCCUCGUUUCUCUCCCCAUUUACCUCUACGCCUUUAUCGCCCUCAAAAACCGCAACGCCCUUUACAUUCUUCUUUUUGCAUAUCUUUAUCUCAUAGACACUGGCAUCGACAUUGGUUUCACAAUUGUCUUUUGCAUCAAAUGGUUUGCAGAAGCUCGCCACGCUUCUAAAGACGCCAUCGAUAGUGUUGUUUCUGCAGUAGGAGCUGCUGCUAAUGAAGCUUCUGCUUCUUCAUCAAACUCAUCUUCUAUCCCUACUCAAAUCGCAUCGUUAACAGAAGCAGCAGCAACAACAGCAACUACAACAAUAGCACAAAAUGCAGGAUUCUCUAUAGCCACCGCUCCACCACAACCACCACCAUUAUUCAAGCGCAUGACCGAAGCCUUGGCCGAAGCUGCAGCUCUUGCAGAACCCGCUGUAGCGGCAUCUGCAUCAUCCACAGACAACACCGCUAACCAAUCAACUUCAGUCGCUCGUGAAUCUGUUGUCACAAUCAUUCUCACAGUAGUCAUCUUGCUUAUGCGCAUCUACGCAACCUUCAUCAUCAUUGCCUACGCUCGUAAACUUGUGCGUCAGGAAAACCUUCGCAAGUACAAUGGAACGCCUAAAAAAUCGGCACGCGCUCGUCUCCAGUGCAUCCUUCUUACUCCCUUCGAGUCCUUCUGGACGGGCUUUUCGUCUCGUUCUUCCACAUACUCGCCUCUUAACGGUGACGGCAGUGCCCUCGCCCUCGCAAAGACUUCAAGUGGAAGCCGGCGGCACAAUGCCGGGUCAUCCUCGAUUGCCUCGGAUGCAGGCUUGCUUGCUAGUCCAUACCAAAUUAGUGACGAUGAAGAUGAAGAUGACAGUGAUAAUGCGGCAGAUAACCAUGACUUUGUCAUCAAAUCUUCUCUUAACUUGGAUCAUCCAGAUGAACCUGCCUUAAACACUUCUGCUGCCGGUUCAAGCUCACCUAAUACAGAUAUAGAUUUGGAGCGCUUGGGAGCUGAUGACCCAUUUUCUCCAAAAACACCGCGAUCAUAA